UUUUCCUGUCUGAGCCUCGUUUUCCCUACUUCAGGCUCAGCUUAUCUAGAGAAAUCACGGUGUAGGUAUGCGGUUGCAGCGGCACACGUUAACAUGUUUGAAUUCUGGAACAGGAGAACUCUUCUCUGAAUCCCGAGCCCCACUAAUUUCAGUCCCCCGCUGAGCAUGUUCACUUUUGGCUUGGCUGAAGAGGAAAUAAAGGCAGAGCAGGAGGUGGUGGAGGGGAUGGACAUCUCCACUCGAUCCAAAGAUCCUGGCUCUGCUGAACGCACAGCACAAAAAAGGAAAUUUCCCAGCCCUCCACAUUCCUCUAAUGGCCACUCACCACAAGAUGCAUCAACAAGUCCUAUAAAAAAGAAAAAGAAACCUGGUCUAUUGAACAGUAAUAAUAAAGAGCAGUCAGAACUAAGACAUGGUCCGUUUUACUAUAUGAAGCAGCCACUCACCACAGACCCUGUUGAUGUUGUACCGCAGGAUGGACGGAAUGAUUUCUAUUGCUGGGUUUGUCAUCGGGAAGGCCAAGUCCUCUGCUGCGAACUCUGUCCUCGGGUUUAUCAUGCUAAGUGUCUGAAACUGACAGCCGAACCAGAGGGGGAUUGGUUUUGCCCAGAGUGUGAGAAAAUCACAGUGGCAGAAUGCAUAGAAACACAGAGUAAAGCAAUGACAAUGCUCACCAUCGAACAGCUAUCCUAUCUACUGAAGUUUGCACUACAGAAAAUGAAACAGCCAGGGACAGAGCCAUUUCAAAAGCCAGUUUCACUGGAUCAACACCCAGAUUAUGCAGAAUAUAUCUUUCAUCCAAUGGACCUUUGUACAUUAGAGAAGAAUGUUAAAAAGAAAAUGUACGGUUGCACUGAAGCAUUUUUGGCUGAUGCCAAAUGGAUUUUGCACAACUGCAUUAUUUACAAUGGGGGAAAUCACAAAUUGACACAGACAGCAAAAGUCAUCAUCAAAAUCUGUGAGCAUGAGAUGAAUGAAAUUGAAGUAUGUCCGGAAUGUUAUUUAGCUGCUUGCCAAAAACGAGAAAAUUGGUUUUGUGAGCCUUGUAGCAAUCCCCACCCUUUGGUCUGGGCUAAACUCAAAGGCUUUCCAUUCUGGCCUGCUAAAGCACUGAGGGAUAAAGACGGGCAAGUCGAUGCCCGUUUCUUUGGCCAACAUGACAGGGCCUGGGUUCCAAUAAAUAAUUGCUACCUCAUGUCUAAAGAAAUUCCUUUUUCUGUGAAAAAGACUAAGAGCAUCUUCAAUAGUGCAAUGCAAGAAAUGGAGGUUUAUGUUGAUAACAUUCGUAGAAAAUUUGGAGUAUUUAAUUACGCCCCUUUCCGGACACCAUAUACUCCCAACAAUCAAUACCAAAUGUUGUUAGACCCUGCCAACCCAACUGCUGGAACUGCAAAGACAGACAAGCAAGAGAAAAUCAAACUGAACUUUGACAUGACAGCAUCACCCAAGAUCCUGAUGAGCAAGUCUAUGCUGAGCAGCAGCACAGGCCGUAGGAUUUCACUGACAGAUAUGCCACGGUCACCAAUGAGUACAAACUCGUCCGUUCACACUGGAUCUGAUGUUGAACAGGAUGCAGAGAAAAAAGCAACUUCCAGUCAUUUUAGCGCCAGUGAAGAAUCCAUGGACUUCAUUGAGAAAAAUACAGCUUCUCCAGCACCAACGAGAACAGGUCAAGCAGGGAGCUUGUCAGGCAGCCCCAAACCUUUCUCUCCUCAAGCAUCAACACCAAUUUCUUCUAAGCAAGAAAGAACCUCCACUCCAGGAAGCAUUCUGAAUCUUAAUCUUGAUCGUAGCAAAGCCGAGAUGGAUCUGAAGGAGCUGAGCGAGUCGGUGCAGCAGCAGAGCACUCCCGUGCAGCUCAUCUCCCCAAAACGGCAGAUCCGCAGCAGGUUCCAACUUAACCUGGACAAGACCAUAGAGAGCUGCAAAGCACAACUUGGAAUAAAUGAAAUAUCUGAAGCUGUUUAUACUGCAGUAGAACACAGUGACUCUGAAGAUUCUGAAAAAUCUGACACCAGUGACAGCGAAUAUAGUGAUGAGGAUCAGAAAUCAAAGAAUGAUCAAGAGGAUGGUGAGGACAAGGAAGGUACAAGAAGUGACAAAGAAUCAUUGAGCUUGAAAAAAAAACCUAAGCCCCCAGCACAGAAUGAAGACAAGGAGGAACUUAAAAGCACAAGUCCAGAAGUGGAGAAAACGGAAGAACCGGUCAAGGAAAAGUCCAUUUCAGACACUGAAAAAGAAUUUUCUGAAAAGGGAAAAAGUUUACAGCACCCUGCAAAGGAAAAGCUGAAAGGUAAAGAUGAAACAGACUCUCCAACUGUGCAUUUAGGACUGGACUCUGAUUCUGAGAGCGAACUUGUCAUCGAUCUAGGAGAUGAUCAUUGUGCUCGUGAAGGAAGGAAAAGCAAGAAAGAAUCUAAAGAACCUUCUCCCAAACAAGAUGUCGUAGGCAAAACUCCACCCUCCUCCAGCGCAAGCACCCAGCCUCUCCCAGAAACUCCAGUACUCACCCGUUCUGCAGCCCAGACCCCCCCAGCUGGUGUGACAGCAACUACCAGCGCUGCUUCCACUGCCAGUGCUCCAUCUGCAGCGACAGGGAGCCCCGUGAAAAAGCAGAGGCCUUUGCUGCCCAAGGAAACCGCCCCUGCUGUGCAGCGGGUGGUGUGGAAUUCUUCGAACAAAUUCCAGACGUCUUCUCAGAAAUGGCACAUGCAGAAGGUACAGAGACAGCAGCAACAGCAGCAGAGCCAGCAGGCUCAGUCACAGCAGCCUCAGUCCUCUCAAGGGACAAGAUACCAGACAAGACAAGCAGUGAAAGCUGUGCAGCAAAAAGAGAUCACCCAGAGCACUUCCACAUCCACCAUAACCUUAGUCACAAGCACUCAGCCUAUUUCUAUGGUUACCAGUUCUGGAUCUGCAAGUACACUUUCUUCCUCACUUAGCACAGACCUGCCAAUUGCAACAGCUUCAGCUGAUGUGGCUGCAGAUAUUGCUAAAUAUACCAGCAAGAUGAUGGAUGCCAUCAAAGGAACAAUGACUGAAAUAUAUAAUGACCUUUCAAAAAAUACUACUGGAAGUACAAUAGCUGAGAUUCGGCGUUUGAGGAUUGAGAUAGAAAAACUUCAAUGGCUGCAUCAACAGGAGCUCUCAGAAAUGAAGCAUAACCUAGAACUGACGAUGGCUGAGAUGCGUCAGAGCCUGGAGCAGGAACGAGACCGUUUGAUUGCCGAGGUGAAGAAGCAGCUGGAACUGGAAAAGCAACAAGCAGUGGAUGAAACCAAGAAGAAGCAGUGGUGUGCCAACUGCAAGAAAGAGGCCAUCUUUUACUGCUGUUGGAAUACCAGCUACUGUGACUACCCCUGCCAACAAGCUCACUGGCCUGAGCACAUGAAAUCCUGCACGCAGUCAGCUACUGCGACACAGCAAGAAACAGAUACUGAAAUUAGCACAGAAACACUAAAUAAAUCAUCCCAGCCCAGUUCAAGUGUGCAGUCUACACCCACAGAAACAGCCAGCACCCCUAAGGAAAAGGAAGGUUCAGCUGAUAAAAGCAAAGAGAGUGUUACAGAUCCAUCAGUGUAGCUUCUGGUCUGGAUCUUUCGAUACAAGUUGCCUUCUGAUAAGCAAUACUGACUGCAGCACUUCCAAGCCCUUCUUGCCUGGGGGUUCAGAGGCCAAGCUCAAGACCUGCAUUCAAAUCAACUUACUUUAUCACCACAGACUGUCAUUAGGGUACCACAAUGUUCCAUAACACUGAUAACAGCAGUUCACCUGGAUCUACGGUUAACGGAGCAGUUUCGAAAUCCUCCAUAGCACCUACUCUCAUAGUAUUCAGUAGGCAAGGAUGAGCAAAAUGCUCUAAUAAAAGGGACUUAACAUUGCAUAUAUAGAAAAUGUUUAUAGAGAAGAUUCUGCUUUAUAGGUAGGGCUUGACUAUUAGCAAUUUCGGCAUCAUUUUUUUGUUUUUCCUCCCCUUGCAAGAUUUAUUAAAGGAAAAAUUUUAGUGGGGGGAGGGAGGGGGCUGAUCCUUCAAACCCUUUACACGUGAUCCUCCACAUCAGUAGGAGCCUUGAUGUAUUUUAAAAUAUUAAAAGCAAACUAAUUUUGUAGUAUUGUGAUUCCAGCAUGAUGUCUCAUUGAGAUAGUCCUGUAGAAUUGGGAAGCGUAGUAAUCUAGAGAGCUGUGUUCAUUUCUUGACACUUUUUGCUACUGUCUGGUGUUAGAUCUCUGGGCUUGACAUGUCACCUAAGGGAGUAACUUGGGGAAACAGAUUUGAAGAGGGGGAAAAAAGGCUGUGCUGUUCCACUGGAAUACUUUGGUGAAGUUGGUUGAACUCUGGCUCACUCGGUUGAUGUUUGUUUGCGUUGUUCUGGCGGCACAAGCUUUGUAUUACCGGGGAAAUAGGGAAUGUGAGACCUAAAGCUUGCCAGGGAAUAUUCCAGUUGUACAAACCUGGGAUUGCUUUCACGUAGGUGUUCUACCUGAAACAUCAUGCUGUAUACAUGGAUCAUGUUCACAGUUUGAAUUCUGUUUCAUUAACGAAGAAGUGACCUGUGAAUUCAUUAAGAUGCAGAUUUUUAAUGCAAAGAAAACAUCCAGCAUAAAUUUCAUAUCGUAAUAACACCACCAAGGUGGAAUUUAUGUAAAGGCUGAGGCUUCUACUGAGGUUGCCAUGCCUCUGCAGAUAGCAACAGGUGUGACAGGCAACCAGCCUAUAAAACUGGUCUAGGUACCGCAAACCACCACCUAUAUUCCAACAAUUCAACCCACAAUUGUAAGUAAAUCAUCAUAAUUCGAAGUCUGCAGCAGUGCUGUGCCUGGCAUUAAAAUUGCCCAGUAUCUCUGGGGGGUUGUCUCUGUCUGCUCUUCUAUCAAGAGAUGAAUUCACUGGUACAGUCUCGACUUGCAGUGCAAAAUGUUUUCUUUUGCUGUGCAACAUUCCACCCCUUCAUUCCAUUCGUGAUUGCAAGGAUCCAGAAAUCAUUAAGUCUGGUGAAGGCACUGAGGACAGGCAGAUGCCAUUUCACGUUAUUGGUUCAUUUCAUGUAUAUACUUGACCACAUCAUCGAUGUAAAUAUAUAGAAUUCAUUUUAAAUAUCUUUUAAAUAUCUUUUUUUGUCUAUGGUAUCCUAAAGAGAUUUAAUUAUUUCUGAGCUAUGCUUGAUAUUCCUGUGACAUCUCAGUACCUAUAAAAGAGAAUAUGCAUUUGUCA